UGGCCUGGGCCCAGUCACCUGCUCUCUGGACUCUUCACCCUCCCCCAUCCUGGGAUUGGGACCCUAACUCCCAUUCUCCCUGCUGGGGCAGUGUGUGGGUGCCCCCCCCAAAGCUGGGCUGCCUUUGCAAAUGUUGGUGUGACCUUGUCCAGUGGUUUCCCAGUCCCUGAUGCACGGCCCCUCCCAGCCCCUGAGACUCGCAGCCUGACCUUUCUCCCAUUUCUCUGCAACCCACUUCCUGGCCAGCUCACUCUCCUCGCUGAGACUUGGCUCCCACCAUGGAAAAGAUUAGAGCAGCUGCAGGGGCGGCUGUUUUUAAAGAGACGUUGAGCUCAGCUCCACGGUUAAGCUUUGUUUAAGAACCAUCCGAGGUCUCAUGAGUUACUGAGAUUUGCAUGGCACGAGCGCCUGGUGGGGCGCAGGGAUCCUGUCUGGGUGCUCACAGGGGUCCCCGCACCAGAGACUGGCUUCAGAUCGAGAGAAAUAGGCAUCAGUUUCAAGCUAGAUGAGCGAACGGCUCACAGCAGCCUGGAUCUCUCCAAAAAAGACACUGGCGUCAUUUACCGCAUGCUGGGGAUUGACCCAACCAAGGUCCCCCAGAACCCCGAGCGAUUUCGGGAGUGGGCGGUGGUGCUGGGGGACGCUGCCGUGUGCAGCGGCCAGCACUACUGGGAAGUGACAGUCAAGCGCUCGCAGCAGUUCCGUAUCGGCGUGGCUGAUGUGGACAUUUCCAGGGAAGGGUGCAUUGGACACGACGACCGCUCCUGGGUGUUUGCGUAUUCCCACCGCAGGUGGUACGUCAUGCUGGCCAACGAAACCACCCCCAUCCGCAACAUCGGCAACCCCGAGCGCGUGGGGCUGCUGCUGGACUACGAGGGCAGGAAGCUCAGCCUGGUGGACGUAGGCAAGCAGGUGUUAAUCCAUACCCUGGCCACGGAGUUCCAGGGGCCCGUGGUGCCCGCCUUCGCUCUCUGGGAUGGGGAGCUGCUAACUCAUUCUGGGGUGGAGGUGCCCAAGAACCUCCGGGACAGUUAACGGUCAACCCCAGGGCCUGGGAUGUCUGGACAUGUCCUUCUGUAGGGAAACCCUUCCACGAUGCUUCAGCGUGAGGCAGAGAAAGGGAUUCGGUCAGUCCUCUCACCCCACUUGGCCCAGAGGGGGUGCUCUCCAGGCAGCUCGAGAGCUUGCUUUCCCCUUGGGAAGAAGCAGUCCCCCCUUAGCCCCAGCUGGGAACCCUGGAGCAGAGAAGCCCCCCGCUGCCCCUGGGAUCAGGCAAUCCUGGACUUGUUUCCCUUCUCCAUCUCAGCUGGUCCUUAGGAGCUUUAUGUGCCAAAGGCCCUGCCGGCCCCUGUGCCCGGCCUCACCCAGAGCCCCGUUUGGCAGAUUUGGAUUUGAAUGACAUGAGGAUUUGCUGGAGGGAGGGAAGCGACACUGUUCCCUCCUUCUGUCUCAGGGAUGGGAGGACAGUUGGGCUGCACCUGAACCCCUCUGGAAACCUAGAUCCCGUUCCCCUCCUGUGUCGGCAAACGAGGCCGUUACGCUUCUGUUUCCACAAGUGCUUUAUUAAUACGCAGCCCAGGAACCAUCUCCCUCUUCUGCCACAGCAUCCCCCCAAAGCUGUCGUCACUCCCCCCCACUGCCCAGAGCCAAUCAGCAGGCCCCAGGGACGGGCAGGCAAAUGGAUCCUGGGGCUGAUGCUGCCACGUGGCUGUUCCUAGGUGCAGGGGAAAACCCAGGAAGGAGCAUUAGUUUGGGCAGGGACUUUGUGUUUGUAGCUUUGCUCUCAGCCAGGGCUUGUCUGGCUUAGCCGGGGGAGGGGGAACAGUGUUACCCCCCCAGCCCCAUUUGCCUCUGCCCCCUCGCAAUCCUCCAGGGCAGGGUGGCCAACCUGAGGCUGAGAAGGAGCCAGAAUUUACCAAUGUGCAUUGCCAAAGAGCCACAGUAAUAUGUCAGCAGCUCCUCGUUAGCUCCCCCCGCGUCCCCCACCCACCAGCAGCACCUAACCCUCCUUUCCUGUGCCUCCCGCCUGCUGCAAUGAGCUGUUGUGUGGUGUGCAGGAGGCUCGGGGGGGAGGAGGAUGAACAAGGGCGCUACAGAC